AUGACCUUGGAAACCUCUGGGCAGUUGACUCCGUCCUACAGGGUCACACGGAAGUGUGGGAGAGACCGGGUGACAAGGACCCUGGUGCUGGCUCACCACCCUCUCCCCUCCCACCUGUCUCUCCCCCAGCAGCACGAGUCCCUGGAGAAGCACAACCACGCUCUUCGGAAGGAGAUCCAGGCCCUGCGGGCUGAGCUGGCUUGGUGGGGCCGGACCCUGCAUGUGCAUCAGCGCCUGUGCCCCAAGGCUGCCUCUUCUCUCACGGCCCCAGGGGACCCUGGGCCCCCUGAGUGUACAGAGCAGCCCGGCCUCUUCCAGGCUCCAGCCUCCCUGCCCUGGGCUCUGUACCCCUCCCCACCUCUGCGGCCUCCUGACCCCCUGGGCCUCCUCGAGUGCCCUCUACCCUCGAUGGGCUUGGGCCCCGCCGAGGUCCCAGGGCCUUCAGUGCAGCUGUCCCCCAGCCCUGUCCUGCCACCCGCCACGGCCUGCCCCAACCUUCAGGGGCCUUCUUUGGCACCGAGAGCCCGGCUGCUGGCUCCCUCAACCCUGACUGCCCCUUUGCAGCCCCCUGGGCAGGAGCACCUUGCUGGAGAGAAGCUGCUGCCCUCUCCCCACAGGCCCGUGGCACCCCUGGAUUUGCAAGGCUGCAGAUCAAGGAGCACACCUCAGCACCUGCCUGCCCCAUAGCUGACCUGCAAGGGCAGGGUGCGGGUCCCCGCUCUCACCCCUCCUCACCUCCCACCGCUCUCCUCCGCCCACACUCACUUCUAGUCCUGACCCUGGAGCCAGACUGGCCCCUUCCUGGGACUCACGAAGUGGCCCCAGCACAAAACUACGCCCUCUGUUGUCACUGGGCCCUGCCCCGGGCUCACUCGCUGGGUCAGAAGCCUCCCACUGGGGCCAGGCUGCCCCCCGCUGUCUUACUUCAGCUUCUCAGCCCGGCUACAAAGUCCAGAUUCUCACUGGGCUUUCUCAGAACUGGGAAAAGAGACUCAGAGAAACAAAGGGGCUGUCUGAGGUCACACGGCCUUUCUUGGGACCAGAAAUACUGCCUUCUGCUCCCCCCGACUCCUGGCCAGCUAUUGCCCUAGGUUCCCUAGGGGUUAAAGUUCUGGCAACUGAGGCUGGUGUGUGGAGGCUUAAACGCUGGCGGUGGGGAGAGACCUGCCUUUCACUGGGGCGAG